AAAUAUAGAGAGACGGUCAGAAAACAGUUUGCCUUUAUCUAACGAUAACUGAACAAAAGCCUGAGCGGUGAGCUACGAUGCUGCCUCUGCUCUUCAUUUCCCUCUCUAUCCUUCUUCUUCUUGUGUUACUCUUUAAGUUCCUCACUUGCGAUGGGGACUUCACGUUGAUGUCCAAGAGGCAUGUUAAGAAAGAAGAAAUUGAGGAUAAGGUUGUUUGGAUUACUGGAGCCAGUCGUGGAAUAGGUGAAAUUCUUGCUAAGCAAUUGGCAAGUUUAGGUGCCAGGCUUAUUCUUUCUGCACGGAAUGAAGCUGAAUUGGAGCGAGUUAAGAAGGAACUCACAGCUGAGACACCCACAGGCAAACAUGCACCCGAUGAAGUGAAGAUUUUACCUUUGGAUUUGGCAUCUGGUGAAGCUUCUCUUAAAGUGGCAGUUGAAAAAGCAGAGUCUUUUUUCUCUGGAGCUGGUGUUGAUUAUAUGAUUCAUAAUGCUGCUUAUGAGCGCCCUAAAUCAGCAGCUCUGGAUGUAACUGAGGAAGAUCUUAAGGCUACAGUCAACGUUAAUGUUCUAGGGACAAUAUCUCUUACACGGCUAUUGGCACCGUUCAUGCUGAAUCGAGGGAGGGGCCAAUUUGUUGUGAUGAGCAGUGCUGCAGGCAAGGUACCGACACCAGGACAGGCUGUAUACUCUGCUUCUAAGUUUGCAUUGAAUGGGUACUUCCAAUCCUUUCGUUCCGAGCUCUGUCAAAAGGGGAUUAAGGUGACCAUUGUUUGUCCUGGGCCAAUAGAGACAUCAAAUGGCUACACUACAGCAAAAAAGGGUUCUGAGAAGCGUGUGUCAUCAGAGAGGUGUGCGGAACUGACAAUUAUUGCUAUGACCCAUGGUCUAAAGGAAGCUUGGAUAUCAUACCAGCCUGUACUAGCCGUUAUGUAUCUAGUACAGUACAUGCCAACCAUUGGUUACUGGCUUAUGGACCAGAUCGGGGCAAAGCGAGUUGAAGCGGCUUCUGAGAAAGGCAACACAUAUGCAUGGAGCUUAUUGUUCGGAAAGAAGAAGGCAACCUGAAUCUCUUCUUCCAUAGCUUAGACUUUGUAAUCCCAGAAAAUCCUAAACCAGUAGAGUGCUUUUUCGUUAGAAUUUGAGAAUUAGAAGAGCACUGAGAAGCGGUAACAAUUUCAUAUUUAUGUACUCUUAUUUGCUUAUAUAAUCUACAAUCAUAAUUUCAUAAUAAACAUGUGCACCAUCGACACAAUUUAUUA